AUGAAUCGUGUACGCGAGAAUAUAUUGAUUGCUGAUCAUAAUCGAAAUAAUAAUAAUAAUAAUAAUAAUUUUCUAAAUAAUAACGUUCAAAUUGACGAAGGUGUUGUUAUACCGGAACCCGAUGUUGAAGCGAUGGAUGAGGACGACGAUGAAAGUGGCGUUAAUUCAAAAAAAUUAGGCUCAAGUAUGAGUGAUCAAGCAUUAAAUACAUUGAAUGAACUGCGACGGAAUAAUUUAUUAUGCGAUGCUGUUAUAUCAGUUGCAGAUGGAUCAUUCAAUGUCCAUCGUGCCAUUAUGUCUGCCUGCAGUCCAUACUUUAGAGCUCAAUUCACGGGCUUCAAUACCGCAUUUGCAAAUGCAAAAAAUGAUGAAAACCAUCACGUACACAUACCAGGGAUGAGCGGUGCAGUUAUGGAGCAAAUCAUACAAUACGCAUACUUGCGUAAAUGCAUCAUCAAUGCGGAUAAUGUGCACGAGCUCUUGAUAUCAGCAGAUUAUGUAGGUAUCAUCGGUUUAGUGACGUUAUGCAAGCAGCAUUUGGCACAAAUGCUAACACCUGAAAACUGUGUCAGUAUAAUGGGUUUUGCUAAAUUUCGCUUUUCCGAUGACUUAUAUGCCAAGGCAAGAAAUUACCUGCUACGCUAUUUCAUUGAGGUGGCGUCCAGAAACCGAGAUAUAUUAGAUAUGAGUUUAAAGGAUUUCUACGAUAUAAUUAGCGAUGAUGAGUUAAAUACGCGAGAAGAGGACCACGUAUGGAAGUUAUGUAUUAAAUGGAUAGAUCACGAUCCAGACAAUCGUAAACAACAUGUCGCCCAAUUGAUGCAGGGUGUACGUUUAGGCUUAAUGACUCCCAAGUGCUUUAUGGAAGAGGUGAAAGAACAUCCGUAUGUACUCGAAUGCGAAGAGGCUAAACCGUUAAUUGUCGAAACCUUUAAAUUUAUGUACGAUUUAGAUAUCAUGAAUCCAGCUUCAGGAGAGCUGACGACGCCACCUUUGGCAAUGCCCCGUUUACCGCAUGAAGUCAUUUUCGCGAUUGGCGGUUGGAGCGGCGGAACCUCGAAAGGUUGUAUUGAAACGUACGAUACACGAGCCGAUCGCUGGGUUAACAUACCCGCCGAAGAUCCAGCCGGACCGCGAGCCUAUCACGGGACAGCUGUUAUAGGCUAUAAAAUUUAUUCAAUAGGAGGCUAUGAUGGCGUUGAAUAUUUUAAUACUUGUCGGGUAUUUGAUGCGGUUAAGAAGACGUGGAAAGAGAUUGCUCCCAUGCAUUGUCGUCGUUGUUACGUAAGUGUAGCCGAACUAAAUGGUUAUAUUUACGCCAUUGGUGGCUAUGACGGUCAUAAUCGCUUAAAUACCGUAGAACGUUAUAAUCCGAAAACGAAUCAAUGGACUGUUAUAACGCCCAUGAAUAUGCAAAGAUCAGAUGCUAGCGCUUGCACACUUAAGGGUAAAAUUUAUGCCACUGGUGGAUUUAAUGGUCAAGAAUGUUUAGACAGUGCCGAAUUCUAUGAUCCGCAUACGAAUAUCUGGACUCGAAUACCAAAUAUGAAUCAUCGGCGUUCAGGCGUCUCGUGUGUUGCUUUUCGUAGUCAAGUUUAUGUCAUUGGCGGAUUCAAUGGCACUGCUCGUCUUUCAACGGGCGAGCGUUACGAUCCCGAGGCGCAAACUUGGUCAUUUAUAAAGGAGAUGAACCAUUCACGCAGCAAUUUCGGUUUGGAAAUUAUCGAUGACAUGAUUUUUGCCAUCGGAGGUUUUAAUGGUGUCUCCACUAUUUCACAUACGGAAUGCUAUGUAGCCGAAACGGAUGAAUGGAUGGAAGCUACUGAUAUGAAUGUUGUUCGUUCGGCUCUUACUGCCAAUAAUGUUGCCGGUCUGCCGAAUAAACGAGAUUAUAUACAUAAGGAGAGGGACCGGCUUAUGGAAGAGCGCCGACAACGAUUGCUGGCGACGGCCAUGGCACGGGACGAAAAUAUUACCGGCUCAAAUGUAUCGGUUGAAAUGCAAGACGUUGCUAUGGAUGAUUACGAUUCACCUAAUGAGGACGAAGAUGCCGAUGACGAAGACGACGCUAUGGUCGGUGUCGGACCGCAAGCUGCACCGGUCGGCCCCCAGCCGGCUGCAGCCGACGACCGAAAUGAAGAUGCGCGUAAUAACAAUGAUCAGAAUCGACGGUUUCGAGUACAAUUAAGAGCUCAACGCUUUGGUUCUCAUCACGAGAUACGACGUCGUGCCUAAAUUUGAAUUAACGGCCAAUACACACAGACAAAUGCAAUUGCAAUUAAAAAGUCCAACUUCUCUCCCCUCUUCCUUGGAAGAAGAGUUUUUAAAAGAACAAAUUUUUUAAUCAUGGCGAGAUGACAAAUUUUGCAGUUAAUCGACUUUUUAGCAAAGGAAUUUUUUACCUAUUAACAAAGAGGAAUAGAAAAAGAAGAAAGGAAAACGUGUUACUUACCUUAGAUAAAGCGAUAUUUAUACUCUCAUCAGGUUAAUCGAUGACAAUAACUGA